UCAGGGUGACUUUUGUAAGGCACUGCCUUUAUAAAUCACGUAAUGGAAUAGUGACACUGAGGCAGCUAAUUAGUUUUAGAUGGUUCCUAUUGAAACAACAUUCACUUUGCAUGCAUGGCUGGCCUAGGCUCCUACGAAGUGGGUGAAAUCUCUGGCCAGGAUAAGAAAAUGAAAGCAUUAGUAGAAAGAAGGAGGACUGUUCCAUCUCUUCUCCCUGAUAAAGCCCCACAAGAACAGCCUAGAACCAACAUGGAAAGAUCUUCUGCUGCCAUGAAAACCUGGGCAUUUUUGACGGCAUUUGCCUGCUCCAGUAGGACUCUGCUGAUUGACGGCCUGGUGGAGCUCAGAACAGGCCUGCAGAGGCAGGAGCGGCAUCUUUUUUUAUUCAACGAUCUGCUUGUUGUGGCCAAAAGCAAGCAUAAUAAGAAUAACUUGAAGAUGAAAAACAAGAUUAAAUUAUCUGAUAUGUGGACAGCAAGCUGUGUCGAUGAAGUGGGAGAUGGCAAGGGCAGUGCUAUGAAAUCCUUUGUCUUGGGCUGGCCCACUCAGAACUUUGUGGCCACUUUCAGUUCUCUGGAACAGAAAGACACAUGGCUCUCUCUCCUUCAGAGACACAUCGAUCUCGAGAAACAGAAGGACCACCCGAAGAGCAUUCCCCUCAGAAUCUUUACCGAGGACAUGGGGAAUUGUGUCCAUUAUAAAACUGUCAGAGUAACCAAUACAGACAGAACAAAUGAAGUUAUCCACAAGUUAUUGUCAGUGCUAGGGGUAACUGGUACUGAGCGAGAUUACCAGUUAUGCUUCAAUUCUGGGAAUGAAGAAGCGGCAUACCCACUAAUUGGACAUGAAUAUCCCUAUGGGAUUAAAAUGAAGCAUCUGCGAGACAAUGCACUCCUGACAGUAGGCUCAAGGGACCCUACCACUGUUUUCAACGCCCAAGAAGCCUUCCUCCUGGAAGAGCUCCCAGGAGAGAGGCAGUGCCGAUUCAUCCUCAAGCCCAGACUCCUGGCUGCAGCCCAGCAACUGAAAGAUUCACAUUGGAAGACAUCUCAAAAGAGAAGAUGUGUCAUCAAUUUGGCCUGUUGUUGGGGUUCUCGUGCUGACCAGGACAACUCCCUUGUGUCACUGCCAACAUCUCCUGUGGCAGGACAGCUCCUUGGACUUUCUUUGGAAAAUACCUCUGAGAACGACACCCAUGAGGUUGUUGAUGCCCCAUGUGUCAAUACAGGAAAGACCGUUGCCCAGGGAAGUAAAAACAUGGCCUCUAUUUUAAAGUUCACUGAUGACAUCCUCAAGCAGCCUGAGGUGCAAGAUGUUUUAAACAAAAAUGACUGUGACUUGGAGCACUGCAAUGAAGAACAUGCUCAAAUAGAAGAUCCACCUGAGUCCAAACUUUUUGGAGUCUCUCUCAAAAACAUUUGUAAGAAUGACAAUCUGCCGAAACCUAUCAUGGAUAUUCUUUUGUUCCUGAAUGAAAAAGGCCCUCUGAAGGAAGGUGUCUUCUUUGUACCAGCCAACAUAGAAUACUGCCGACAACUAAAAGAAAAACUUAAUUGUGGAGUACCAGUACAGCUGUACUGGGAAAAUGCCUUCGUGCUGGCAUCUAUCUUAAUGGACUUUCUAAAAGAAAUUCCUGGAAGUAUUUUGUCAUCCAAUCUUUAUAAUGAGUGGGUCAGUGUCAUGGAUAAUGGAAGGGAUAAAGAUAAAAUAAAUAAAAUUCAAAGGCUCUUAGACAAGCUUCCAAGAGCAAAUGUUGUGCUCUUAAACUAUCUAUUUGCCUUACUGUAUAAUAUUGAGAAAAAUUCUGCAUCGAAUCAGAUGGAUUCAUCAAACCUGGCAGCAUGUGUGGCUCCCACGAUUCUUUGGCCUGCUCCUUCUUGUGGCCCGGAAGCAGAAAAUGAGUUGGCAAGAAAGGUUACGCUGCUCUUUCAAUUUAUGCUAGAGAAAUGCCAAACAGUAUUUGGAGAAGAAGUCACGUCCCUUUACGGAGAAUUUUCAGGGACACAUGGCACUAGAGGAAAUAUCUCAGAUGUUUCUCACUUUGAACUGAAUGACUCCUCCUCAGUAGAGAGCCUGGAGUGUGAGCCAAAGGAGGAUGACGUUUAUGCUCCAUUCUCUGAUGUGGCGAAGGACCUUGGGCACUGGAAGACAAGCAUACAGUCUAUGUUAAUGGACGUUGAGAAUCUUGAGCCAGCCGAGGUGGCAUACCUUUUAUCACUCAAUGACUUCCUCUUGGAGCAUCCUGAAUAGGGAGUUGCUCAAAUGGAUGGGCCUCUUAAAGCCACACCACAUUUUCAUUCUCACAAAUAUUUUUGAGCUUGAGAGCACAGGCGUUAUUAUUAUCUCCAUUUUACCACGUGGAGACUAAGACUCAAAGAGUUAGUCACUUGUCCAAGGACACUUAAAAAGUGAAUGGCAGAAUGAAGACUCUUGGGCUGGUUUUCUGACCCUGCACCUGCGCUCUCUUGAGGACAAGUGGUACUUCUUCCUCUUGGGUGCAUUAUUGUGUCUUCAAAUGCCUACAUUGGAUAAACCCUCAGCUUAUUGUUCUCAGAGUUGUUGAAAAAGUGGGAGAAGUGCAACUCCAUGGCUUCCAAUGGAAUUCUGUUACCUCCAUACCAUAAACUGCUGUAAAAGAGAAGGACUUCUGGCCAGCUCCUGAGGCAGGUCUCUCACAGGCAAAGCAGAGUGCCUCCGGAGAGCAAAGCUAUGAUGAGGGCAUCCAACGUGGGAACCUGUGAUAUGCAUGCUAAACUCAAACUAAGGUGAUGGCCAGUGACAUGGCAUUGAGAGGGUUGUGAAGGGGGUUUCAUAAGGCCUGUCCACAGGGGUCUAACCUGUUUUGUUUAUUCCCUGCUCUCCAGGGUCCUUGAUGAUUUGUUCUAUAUCAAAUUGAUUUAAAUGAAUAAGUAACCAGUCAGAAAUAAUGUUUUCAAUCACUCAAUUUGCAAUUUUUCUUUUUUGGUUAAGAAUAUUGGCUGUACCUUUACAAAAAUAAUUAUCCAAGCUGAGAAAAUAGCAUUCUUAUAAUCAUUAUUAUAUUUUUUGUUAGUUCACAUAGAUUAAGAGGGGAAAUAAUAAGUGUAACUGGCUCCAUACGGUAGAAAAUGAUUUCUCAAUAAUAUUUUUAGUUUCCUCCUAUUUCAAAUGAGUUUUCAAUGUACACAUUGUGGCUGGGGCUGGCAGCCGUUAGUAACCCUGACAGUAAGAUUUAUCUCAGCCCUGGUAGCUUAGCAGCCACAGUCUCAAAAUAGGCAGGAAAUAGGCAGAGAUACAUUCUCUUUUGAGUUUCUUUACCAGGAAUAGUGGAACCUUCUACAAAGCCUGACACUGCCUAUUCAUCUGGAGAAGAAAAGGCAACAUCGAACCCCCCUCCUGUGGGUUCAUUAACCAUUUGGGGACUCAUCGGGGACCUUUGCUCGUUGAUUGGUGGCCAAGGAGAGGGGAGAGACUUUAAAGCCUCCCUAGCAGCUGCCUGGCUGAGUUUCUGCCAGAGCUGUCCAGAGCCUGCUUGACAUACUGUGAACCCCUGAGGAGCAUUGCAUUGUCCUGGCAAAGACUCAAGUAGAAGCCAACUGAUUACAUGCAGGAGACCUAAAUAGCCAUGUGAGAACUAGAGCUGAUUUAGCCAUCCCAACACAUGACCUUAUCUGGAACCCAAACAAUGGAGAAGAAGGUUCCAGUUUCCAACAGACAUUCCCUUUUAUUCCAUAAUGUCAGGAGACAAGGUGUUACUGAAAACCUGAGAAACCAGCAUCCUGAAGAUCAACUACAGCCACAGUGGAUCAGCCUAUUUGAGAUGCUCCUGAAAACUCACUCAACAGUUAAACUCACAAGAGUUAAGCCAUAGAUUCCUCACCUUCUGAGGGACUGGAGAAGCAAUGGACUUGUGAGCCCUUAGAGGACCUAAAAUUACUCCCCCACAAAUGAGGAAUGGUGGAACCUCCUACAAAGCCUCACACCACUUAUUUGUCUGAAAGAGACAAGAUAAGCGAUACUCUACCACAGACCGUGCCCAAGGACCCACUGAGCCCAAGCACAAGGCUGCAAGAACAACCAAUAUUAACCCCCAGAUUAUUAAAAUACUAAUAGGAGUGACCUAUCUGCCACUCUUUGAUCAUGGGACAUAUGCACUGGCAUGAUUUCUCACUGCACUUGUUUGCCUUGCACUUCGCCCCAAACAAGCAAUGAUGCUCACACCUCUCAUACAUUAUUCAUUUUGCUCGAGAAAAAACCCCUGACCAUAUUGGUCAGGGAGGCAGAUUAAAGGUGGUUCAUAACCUCCCCCUCCCAGUUGAUGUGUCCACUGAAAUAAAUCCUUUCCUCUAUAACAAU